AUGCAGAAAGAUCAACUCAAAAAGGAUAUUAAAGAGGUAAAGUUUUUCACUGAGUACGGAGAAGCCAACAGAUACAAAAUUCUGGAAGUGAUUGGUAAGGGCAGCUACGGAGUUGUUUGUGCAGCAAUUGACACACACACUGGUGGAAAAGUUGCAAUCAAGAAGAUUCAUGAUGUUUUUGAACAUAACUGCGAUGCCAUUAGAAUCCUCAGGGAAGUCAAGUUGCUAAGACUUUUAAGACACCCUGAUAUUGUUGAGAUUAAGCGGAUUAUGUUGCCGCCUUCAAAGAGGGAAUUUAAAGAUAUUUAUGUUGUAUUUGAGCUCAUGGAGUCUGAUCUCCAUCAAGUCAUCAAAGCUAACGAUGACUUGACCCGUGAACACCAGCAGUUUUUUCUUUAUCAGAUGCUUCGGGCUUUGAAGUUUAUGCAUACAGCAAAUGUAUAUCAUAGAGACCUUAAGCCGAAGAAUAUACUGGCAAAUGCAAACUGCAAACUCAAAGUCUGUGAUUUUGGACUUGCUCGAGUUGCAUUCAAUGAUACCCCAACAACAACUUUUUGGACGGAUUAUGUUGCUACAAGAUGGUAUAGAGCCCCUGAGCUAUGCGGCUCUUUCUUUGCUAAGUAUGUUUUCCGAGGGAGGACUAUUGAUCUCUCCUGGAAGUUGAAUUUAUCUGUGCUUCAGUACACGCCUGCGAUUGAUAUAUGGAGCAUUGGAUGCAUUUUUGCUGAAGUGCUGACAGGAAAGCCAUUGUUUCCUGGUAAAAGUAUCGUGCAUCAAUUAGACUUGAUCACUGAUCUUCUUGGAACACCACCAUCCGAAAUUAUUGCAGGAGUUCGAAAUGAGAAGGCAAGGAAGUACUUGAUGGAUAUGCGGAAGAAAUUUCCUGUGCCAUUUGAACGAAAAUUUCCAAAUGCUGAUCCAUUGGCACUUCGCCUAUUGCAAAGGCUUUUGGCCUUCGAUCCAAAGGAUCGGCCGACAGCUCAAGAGGCACUAGCUGAUGCUUUCUUCAAGGGUUUGGCCAAAAUUGAGAGAGAGCCUUUGUCUCAGCCAAUUUCAAGAAUGGAGUUUGAGUUCGAGAGAAGGCGGGUGUCAAAAGAUGAUAUUAAGGAACUGAUAUAUCGGGAAAUACUGGAAUAUCAUCCACAGCUGCUUAAAGAUUACAAAAAUGGAACUGAAGGCAUAAGCUUCAUGUACCCUAGUGCAAUAGACCAGUUCAGAAAGCAAUUUGCUUAUCUUGAAGAGAAUAAUGGUAAAUGUGGUCCGGUGAUUCCUCCAGCAAGGAAGCAUGUCUCCCUUCCGAGGUCCACUGUUCUCUCUAGUACAAUUCCUCCCAGUAAGCAACCAUCUUUUGCUCCAUACGCCAACAAGCAUAUUGCACAAGAGGCAUUCAAAAUUUCUAGAGCUGCAGAAUCUAAUUCUUUAAGUCAAUCAAAGGGUUUGCGGCCUCCUCCAAGAGCGCCCGCAGCCAAACCAGGUAGAAGUAUAGGGCCAGUUCACUGUGACAAUGGAGUUCACUGUGACAAUGGGAGAAGCACAAAAGAUAAUUAUGAUGCAAGAAUCUUCUACCAAAAUACUAUUCCUCAAUCAAUCUCCCCACACCCUUUCCAAAGGGUUGUUCACGCACAACAAAAUUACAAGGAUAAUUCACAAGGCAAACAUCAACCCUCACCACAGAUGCGUAGCGUGCCAGCCAGACCAGCUAUCGAUCUUAAUACCAAUCCGUAUCACCAUCGGCAGGCAAAGAAUGAUCUGUUAAACGAUCCUGUCACUGUUAUUGAUGCUAAAUUGUUGCAAGCACAAUCUCAAUUUGGUGCAGCUGGUGCUGCAGCAGUCGCUGUUGCUGCUCACGGGCAUUCUGCAGGCUUUUAG